AUGUCCUUCCCCCAGCUCGGAUACCAGUACAUCCGCCCGCUCUACGCGUCCGAGCGCCCCGGGGCCGCGGCCGGCAGCGGCAGUGCAGGGACUCGAGGCGGCCCUGGCGCCAGGGCUUCGGAGCUGGCUGCUUCGGGGUCCUUGUCCAACGUGCUCUCGUCCGUGUACGGGGCGCCCUACGCCGCGGCCGCAGCGGCCGCCGCAGCCGCCCAAGGCUACGGUGCCUUCCUGCCCUACGCCGCCGAUCUGCCUAUCUUCCCUCAGCUGGGCGCGCAGUAUGAGCUGAAAGACAGUCCCGGGGUGCAGCAUCCGGCCGCAGCUGCCGCUUUUCCGCACCCGCAUCCUGCCUUCUACCCAUAUGGCCAGUACCAGUUUGGGGAUCCGUCCCGCCCCAAGAACGCCACCCGCGAGAGCACCAGCACGCUCAAGGCCUGGCUGAACGAGCACCGCAAGAACCCCUACCCCACCAAGGGCGAGAAGAUCAUGCUGGCCAUCAUCACCAAGAUGACCCUCACCCAGGUGUCCACCUGGUUCGCCAACGCGCGUCGGCGCCUCAAGAAAGAAAACAAGAUGACGUGGGCGCCCCGCAGCCGCACGGACGAGGAGGGCAACGCGUACGGGAGUGAGCGCGAGGAGGAGGACGAGGAGGAGGACGAGGAGGACGGAAAACGAGAGCUGGAGCUGGAGGAGGAGGAGCUGGUGGGGGAGGAGGAGGACCCAGGGGGCGAGGGCCUGGCGGACGACGACGACGAGGAGAUUGAUCUGGAGAACUUAGACGGUGCCGCCGACGGGCCUGAACUGGCCCUGCCGGGGGCGGCGCGCAGAACCGGAGACCUUGGCCUGGGGCCCGUUUCGAACUCCAAGAAUAGCGACUCGGAGGACAGCUCCGAGGGCUUGGAGGAGCGGCCACUGCCGGUCCUGAGCCUGGCUCCAGUUCCACCGCCAGUGGCCGCGGCCCCGCCGUCUUCUCCCUCAUCCCCCGGCGGCCUAGACCCGUGCGCUCCCGCCCCGGCGGCCUCCUCCACCCUGCAGAAGCCCAAGAUUUGGUCCCUGGCAGAGACCGCUACCAGCCCGGACAACCCGCGCCGCUCGCCGCCCUGCACGGGCGCUUCUCCGCCCGGGGCUGCCGUCGCGUCCCCGGCCCUGCAGCUCUCCCCGACCGCCGCGGCCGCCGCGGCUCACAGACUUGUCUCGGCGCCGCUGGGCAAGUUCCCCGCUUGGACCAAUCGGCCGUUCCCAGGCCCGCCGCCCGGCCCGCGGCCGCACCCGCUCUCCCUGCUCAGCUCGGCCCCUCCGCACCUGCUGGGACUUCCUGGAGCCGCGGGCCACCCGGCCGCCGCCGCUGCCUUUGCUCGGCCCGUGGAGCCCGAGGGCGGAACAGAUCGUUGUAGUGCCUUGGAAGUAGAGAAGAAGUUACUCAAAACGGCUUUCCAGCCCGUGCCCAGGCGGCCCCAGAACCACCUGGAUGCUGCUCUGGUCUUAUCGGCCCUUUCCUCAUCCUAG